AUUUCAUCUUUCGGCAGAUAUCCCACGAAACUCUGCCGCUGGUUGCAUUGUGCGGAGUGAUCAGGCCUCCUCGGGACUACCAUCACGUGAACCGCUACCGCAAACACAACAAACAUUUUAUUUCAACGCCGAACUUACCGUUAAUCAGUGCCCGUCCCGUCAUUGCUCGCUGCGGGGAAGAUGGGCUGUGGUUGGACGAGCCGCCACACCAACGGCCCAAAGUUAGCCAGGGUAGCGGCAAGAGCGUGCCAAUCAACGAUGCCAGAGCAAUGCGUCUAAAGCAGCGAUUGGUGUGAAACGCCAUGCCCCCACAAGAAGCCUCUGAGUUGGAUGGCCACGGACUCGGAGAUCCACAGAAGUAAAAGAGCCGCAGCGGAUCCCAUCAACCCCUGCCAUGGAGUUUGUCGUGAAGCAAGCCUGACGGACAGUCUGGUUCAUGCUGGUACAACACGUGUCUGGACAUGCGAUCGCUCAAAUGGAUGGGCAGAAUGCCAGCGGUCACGAAAGGUCGACACCAGGCUACCGUAGUGACUACCUAAUUGAGCAGCAGGGUAGCCAUGUGACACUUUCUCGAAGAUUUCCAUGCAAACAAACGAAACACCACGGUGCUUCUGAACUAGCGAUCUAACGACGUCUUAACUUCCCCCGCAUCCCACGAGCCACCGCUGCAUAUCGUACAGUAACAAGACCCCAGUAAUGCCCGUCCUGAGGUUUGAGUAGGUGAUUAUGUUGGGCACAAAGCAAGCGGGGAUGAUCAGGUGAGGAGACCCAUCCGUCAACAGUAGGCAGCUGAAAGUCGGGCAUGAAUGCAUUAGUGCGAGUAUGUGAAACAACCGCAACUUGGGGCCACGCAAAGCCAGCAUAGGAGUCCGUAGCCUCAUGACGUUCUGCCAUAUAUGUUCCGUUUAACCCGGUGUGCUCCUGUGGGAAUUUGGGUAAUCAAGCGGAAUGGAUCAUCUUCGUCUUCCUCGCAAAGCACUUCUGCCAGCACGAAGGGCUGUGGAUGAAGAAUUGCCAGGCCAAGCAUCUGAAUCUAUUCCAGGCCAUUACCCCGGACGUCUCCACUCGAGACAACAUUUUAUCGUAAGGCUACUUUCCCUUCUCCUCCAGGAAGAUCCAUCCUUGCCGACAUCGAUCGAUCCUCGGGCUUCGACACCUCCACUCAUAAGUAAAAUCGCGCUUGGACGCCGGGCCGAAAUCUCAGCCCAUAAUCGCACCCAUGGGCGGCUACAAUCUUUGUUCCCGGCCAAUAAUGAUACCUUAGUGGUCAAUGAACGAAUUGAACAGGGAACAGAAGGUGGAGAAGAUGUCGACACAAACUUCUCUGGAUCAACCUCUCAUAGUUUUGACAUUCGAAGGACGAGACACAAGAAGCGGAUAUCGGAAUUAAAGGAAUAUAUAAAGCCAAUAUCUCCCGAAGAUGGAUCUGCCGUGAUUCUACUAUGUUGGGGUGAAACAUCCUGCUGCUCAGUCCUGCCAGUGUCUGCUUCGAACCCAGAAGAUGAAGUGGCUACAUGGAGAGAGAUCAACGCAGCCUGGUACACUCGCAAAGGCCACUGGAGGAAAAGGCUGAUGGGAUUGAGGGUCACGAGAGUUGCCAUUGCCGAGAUCACAGUACUAGGUCUGAAGGAAGCCUCGAGCGGCACCGGAACAAGUGAAUAUAUUGGAAUGUAUUUGGAACAGGAUAUUCCAAAAGAGCGAAAAAGAUUGCAACAUAUUAUAGACUGCAAUCCCCCAACCUCACACUGCUUUUACAGUCGUGAAACAGGAACAGUACAUUGCGACCCCGAAUGCGUUUGCUCUCAGUGUUUCCCAAACAUCGACGGCAUUGAUGAUUGUCCCUUAAAGAUAUCGCGUGCUGCCAGGAGGGAGCUUUUGCUCCUUGAUACGCUCGACUUAAUGAGGCACGUCUUCUCAAAUCCUGUCCUCGCUGCUUCGAAUGAUUUUCUUGAGCAAGCAAACCUUGUAUACAGUCACCAGGAUGUUCUGAGCCAAUUUAACAUUUGGAACGAUUGGCACUGUCCAGGAUUAAGAGAGAUCCGAUUCCGGGGAAUAGUAAUCAAGGAAGACUGGAUACUAGGUACACGGCAGGUGGUUUUGCCUUUGUUUGCAACAACGUUUUUAGUGGUGGUUAUUGUUGCUAAAUCCUUUUUUGACUGGGGUACCGCAUGGAGUGUCGGCAGUUUUUUUGUCACGCUAGCAACGCUUUUAUGGACGGUUAGUCAAUAUCACCAUUAGCGUCAUCUAAGCAUGUAAAUAGGAUAUUAUCAAAGCAAAAUGACUGAUCGCAAAAUGCUCAA